GCACGCAAACAGUACAAAUCUCCGUCUUCGUAUCCUUCGCGUUUCAGCUUUGCGUUGAAUGAAUGCCAUCGGCUCCGCGUUCCCGUUGCUGACGCGCCGUGCCGGCCAACAGGUGAAUACUGGGGCAGCUGCCCUCUCCACACGUCUGUGUGCCGUGACCCAAGCCGGGCUUCCUGUGUUGCGUUCUCAGUUGCAGGACGUCCUCCACGAGUCCUUUGUCCUGGCAGAUGAUGGAUUGCACUGCACCCUCUCCGUAGGGCCGGACCUGUCGAUUCCCCUCACCAUCGUCGGCACCUGUGCGGCGCACGGCGGCGACGACGAGUACAGCGGCGACGAUAACAUCGUCGUGCACUCCGCCGGUCUUCCCGGCGGCUUCGUCGUUUCACGGCAAGAGCUCCUGUGCAGUCGAGCACGCAUUACACCACGCGCACCGGGCACGUCGUCCGUUGCCUCCGCACCCCAGCCCUCUUUGGGGUCGGUGAGUUUGAUGGAGGCGGUCAACGCGCACUUCGCGCGAGAGAAGAGAGCAAAUCGUGGCGUCCUCGAUGCUUUCUACACCCGUGCCCGCCGCCGACACUUCUCUCUUGGUGGAAUGGCCCAGCUGCUGCACCGGGGGUCACAGCUGCACCUUGACGCGCUGCUGCUCAACUUCCCUUACCACUGCGGCGCGGCGCACGCCACAAAGCGCUACCUCGAUAUCACGCCCGAAGUCACCAACGUCUUUGGCGCGCAGAUGCGCCACGGUGCGAAGGUGUUAAGUCGGUACGGCAUCGCGGUGGGCGUCGGCGUCGUGGACCGCAUGAGCUCCAUGCAGUCGCCGGCGAUGCUGUGGCACCCUUCUGGUGCCCCAGCCGCCUGCCUCGCGCCGCUCCUGCACGGCUGCGCGCUGCUGUCCGUCGGCACGGUCUCGCUCGACUACAAUGGCCCUGUCCCGGGCAGCGCAUUAACGCAGCGAGAGGAUCCGCGGCGAUACAUGAAACUCACUUCCCAAGGCUGCUACGACGACUCGGUUUGGCUGACGGAAGGACUUUUUGGUGUAAAGCCCGGCAGCGCCUGGCCUCCCGUCUCUGAAGAAGGCGCCAGCAGAGCGGCUGGUCCAUCCCCACCGUCGCAUGAGGUGGUGGGUGUCGGGUACAACGAGGAGAUUGCGGAGAUGGAACUCCUCAUUCGUGACGGCUUCACGGGAGAAGUCGUGGCAGCUGCGGAUGUGUAG